GGGAGGCAGACUGUAAGCAUCACGACUAGGAGGACUCACUGUUCCUUUCAUCUGCAUUUUCGCCUGAAUAACAUUAGUAUCGACCCAGUCCUCUAGUUUUUUAGCAGUCAGCUGGCUCGGCGGCGGUAAGAUAGCAACUGCUGCUCGGUUUACGGUCGCGGAAAACGUUGCCGUCGUUACCGAAGCGUCGGGUCGGAGUCGUGGCUAUUUGUUGUCGGUUUGAAAAGUUUUAAUGAAGAUCACAAAGGAAGUCAGCACAGGUGGCGUUUCUGACGCCAGGUAGAUGGCGACGGUUCGAGCCGUGCGGAUGGAUAGAAAGUGGGCUGUCUGAUAUUCUCGGUUAUUAUUUUUUUUUCCCGAGAAGAAUGAUUCGUUGAAAAUGUUCUCGGCGUAGCAGAAAAUACCGAGACCGCCCGUCAUCGGUGUUUGUAGCUGAGCCGUGGCUACCUGCGCUGCAUUGGGGGUUGGGAUGUUUCGGGAGGUCGUCGUCACCAGCAGACGCUUAACCACACAGUAGGUAGUUGGUUGAGUUUGCUAUCUAGCUUAGCCCCUGCUGAGUUAGCAUCCCCCCCUCGUUCUGGCAGCAUCGUUGUGAGGAGCCAGCAGUUACAAGAGCCGAGACACCGACAUGCAUCGCGACUUAACUAUGGUUCAGGUGGUGGAAUUUGAGACGAGCUGUAAGAGUAGCCAGCCUGCUAGUUAAAUUACUAGUGAUCAGAUUGGUUGCUGGUUAGCAAACAGAUUGACAACUCGGUUACCUAACUGUAACUGGCAUUCGCUAUCAGCUGUCUUUGUGUUAGUCAGUGGGACAAUACAGUGCGACUCGAUGGAAGCGUACAGUAGCAUGCUAACAAAGCAAUGCUUUGUUGUUGGAUAGGGGGCAGCUGGCACCAACACACAGGCUUCACAGCUGAUAUUAUUGCUUAGCUAAUACAGCAGCUAUCAGUCACAGAGGGUUUGGGGGAUCCAGACACCGUUGUGUUACUGUUGAGGCAGUGUGUGAUAGAAAAAGGAGAAGACUGAGAAGAUCCUGCAGGAGACCCUGAAGGCAACCUGAUGACACUGGACAACAUGAAGCCCGAGCGAGAUGCCACAGAGGAGUUUUUCGAGUACGAUGCUGAGGAGUUCCUGGUGUUCCUGACCUUGCUCAUCACAGAGGGAAGGACACCAGAGUAUUCCGUGAAGGGCAGGACUGAGGGGCUGCACUGUCCGCCAGCCCAGUCAGCCAUGCCGCCUCUUCACAAGCAUGAGUGCAGCGACAAACUGCCCCAGUGUCGGCAGGCGAGGCGAACCCGUUCUGAGGUGAUCCUGCUUUGGAGGAACAGCAUCCCCAUCAUGAUCGAGGUCAUGCUCUUGCCAGACUGUUGCUAUGGCGACGAGUGCCCCCCGAGUGACCCCAUCAGCGACCCGGUCAUCAAACAAGAUGCUCUGCUGCUGGAGAGAUGGACCCUGCAGCCAGUUCCAAGACAAAGCGGCGACCGUUUCAUUGAGGAGAAGACCCUGCUGUUGGCUGUUCGCUCCUACGUCUUCUUCUCCCAGCUCAGCGCCUGGCUCAGCGCCUCCCAUGGCAUCGUCCCCAGAAACAUCCUGUACAGGAUCAGUGCUGCUGAUGAGGACUUGGUGUGGCAGUUUUCCCAGCCGCCUUCAGAGCACAUUUUCCCUGUCCCCAAUGUAUCCCAGAGCAUCGCGCUGCAGGUUCGUGUCCAGUCGCUCCCCCGACAACCCACCUACCCCACCCUGGCCUGCAGCAUCCACACCGGCCUUCCUCCGCUUUACAGCAAGACUCCCAGCCUCAGCCCAAACCUCAACAGCCAUGGUGGCCUGCCCACCCUCAAAAAGAGCCAGGACCCCAGCAAAGACAACCUCCUUCACAACUCCAACAUGUACAGCAAGAGCUCCAACUCCAUGUCUGGCCUUCUCCUCAACGGCUUACCCAUUCCUAAUCUUCCCAUCAACAGCAUCCCCAUUAACAGCCUUCCUCACACCGCUGUGCAACAUCCCUUCAGCAAGAAGAGCCAGGAGCCUGCUGAAAACCACACCUAUCAGAACGGAGAGCUUCCGCAGGUCAACAUCCCCCAGCGUCAGGGCUCGCCGCUGUUCCACCGGCCUUCUCACUCCCCCACGCCCUCCCGAUCCCACUCCCCCUCCCCACUCCCUACAAGUAAAGCAGGGAAGUGGCUGUACUCAACCCUCAAUGGUUCAUCUGACCCCACACAAGUAGAGGACUAUGGUUCUGGUACCAACAGCAGUGAGAGGUCAAAGGGUCCCAUCCCUGAGCCUUUGAGAGCUUUUAAGAAUUUCUCCUUGGCCGAGCCACCUCGUUGCCCCUCCCCGAGGCCUUCAGCAUCCGAGACAAACCCCCUGAUUGGCUCCUUGCUGCAGGAGAGACAGGAAGUUAUUGCCCGCAUUGCACAAAGGCUUAACUUCUGUGACCCCACAGCGCCACCACUCCCUCCCGGCCUUUUUGCAUCUGACAACCCUCCCAAAGCCAUGUGGGGCAGUAACCAUGACGACAUAACUGCCAGUAAGACCAAAGAGCCUGAGGUACCACCCUAUGAGUCCGUGGGACGCGUGUGGCCCACCCCGUUCAACACACCCAUGACUGACACUUCUUUCGGCAAACGGGAAAGCUCCUCCCCUAAACCUGCAGCCUGCAGGAAGCUGAAAAUGACUGAGACGAGAGACAAAGAUGAGGAGAGGAAUGGAGAGAAGGAGCGAGACAGAGAGAAGGAGAAAGACAGGGAGAGGGAGAGAGACAGCUCCCUCAUCGCCCAGGCAGUGCAAGACAUCACUAGACUCAUCCAGGAGAGACUGUCUGUCCCCUCUCUGUCCCCCAGGCACAGCAGAAAUGGCAGCCCUCUGCACCACACGCACACAACAACAGUCACACACACGGUCCGCACGUACUCGCACACCACGCACGUCCCACAAGCCUCACACACUGCCACCAACGGCUACACUAACGGCCACAUACCCAGCCAUGAACCUCACAGAGGCAGCACGCACACCGCUGCCACACACAUGCCCGUUUGCACAGACAAGCCCCAAGUCGAUCCGGGGACCGAAUGCCAUUCUCCCCGGGCCCAAAAUGGUGCUCAGUUUACACUUGAAGAAUCCUCAUUGAGAGGCCAGUCCUUUGCCCAGGCUGGCCAGCGUUUACGAACUUCCCCCCAGGAAAAGCUCAGAGUCAGGACACCCAGCAGCCAUGAAAGCCCCUCUGCCUCCCCUGUCCUUGAGAACAGUCCAAGGAAUGCCCAGAUUUUUAGCUGGGUUUAUAGUGAUGCCAGCCCAGCCACGAACUGUAUCAGAAGCCACGACCACAGCAAGCCUCAGCCUCAGUCUCGGUCCCAGAUGCAGAUGCACAACUGUGCACCAGCCCAGGCCUCUGCCCUCCAGGACGAGAACCAGGCACCCUCGCAGUCUGGAUGCUCCGGCACAUCCAGUCCAGACAUGACUCCAUCCCCUACUGUCCUCCGAGCUCACAGCCCCUCCCCACUGCGUCCCUGCAACAGCUGGAAGAAACAGAAUCGCCACUCAUUAGACGCCACAGCGACCAAGGCCUUCCACCCCUGCACUGGCCUGCCUCUGCUCUCCAGCCCUGUUCCUCAGAGGAAAAAUCAAACAGGCUACUUCGACCUAGACACCUCUCUGGCUGGCUGUAAGGGUUUGCCUUGGGCUUCUGGGAAAAGGGUGUGUCCAAAGAGAGACGGAUACACGGAUGAGUCUCAGCAGCUGUUCAGUGCCAGUGCUCCACCUGCCAGUCUCAGUCUGCUGGGAAACUUUGAGGAGUGUGUGCUGAACUACCGCCUGGAGCCUUUGGGGACGGUGGAGGGUUUCACAGCUGAGGUUGGAGCCAGCGGAUCCUUCUGCCCCAGUCACCUUACCUUACCCGUGGACGUGUCGUUCUAUAGUGUCUCCGAUGACAACGCUCCCUCACCAUAUAUGGGUGUGAUAAACCUGGAGUCCCUGGGAAAAAGGGGCUACCGUGUACCUCCAUCAGGAACCAUUCAAGUGACCUUAUUCAACCCUAACAAGACGGUGGUAAAGAUGUUUGUUGUGAUGUACGACCUACGAGCCAUGCCAGCUGGACACCAGACCUUCCUACGCCAGAGGACCUUCUCUGUUCCCGUCCGCCGUGACCCAAACAAUCAGACCAGCAGGAAGCCCCUCUCCCUGGGCCAGGGACGCACCUUGCGCUACCUCGUUCAUCUGAGGUUCCAGAGCUCCAAGUCUGGGAAGAUCUACCUCCACAGGGACAUCCGUCUGCUGUUUUCCAGGAAGUCCAUGGAGGUGGACAGCGGUGCUGCCUAUGAGCUCCAGUCCUUCACAGAGUCCCCCAUUGACCCGCCCUUCUCUCCCCGCUGCUGAGGCCUGAUGCCCUCCCUCCUCCACCUGGCAGGCCACCACUGAAGCUUCAGUCACACCCUGAUGCCAGCGAUAGACUCUUAUUCAGCCCGUUAUCCCAGGGCUGCUAUUUGAAAAGAGACGAGGACCGCAGUCAACAAGCCUCUUCUGGCCUGUGUCCAGAAACGUACAUUUCAUGCCUUCUGUCACCCAAAACUGACAGGGGGGUGGGAGUUGGGGGGGCUAAGAGCGUCAGAGACUCUUCAGAAAUCAACCUUGUUCUCUGUUAAGUGCACAACUUGCAACAGACAGGUUGGGUCAAAGGUUACGGUCAGAAAGUGGGUUUUCGAUCUUGUACUCUUGGUCAAGGUGUUCUUACCAGAUUUGAUAGCUAAUUCUUUUUCCUGCUGUUGUGUGUAUCCCCUCCAGCGUCUGGCAGGAGAGUAGAGACCAGUGAUUGUCCACAGAAGCGGUUAGACACUUGAAAUUAAAGCCAACAAACAAGGCUAUUUUACUGUUGAUGCGAAUCAGAAUAUGAAUUGGACUCUUAUGUGUUAAAUCUCAAUGAAUUUCUUUCUAAUUGAAUACAAGGCCCGUUCAGUGGUCAAAGAUUCCGAUUUUUAAAUCCUUGAAGUUUAGAUUGACUCUGCUGAAAGUAAACUCAGCUGUGACCCUGUGAUUCCUGAGCUCGGAGGAGAGGGAGCGCACAUGGAAGAGGAACCAGGCGGCAGACUGUGGUGCAACACUUCCCAUGGACCACUAAAGAAGUCGAACAAGCAAUCAAGACAGAUUCACCUAAAAACAUCACAACCGAACAUCAGAAGUGCACUGUGGAUUUUUUUUUCUCAUUAUAACUGGAAAUGAAACAGAAAAUAGUCAUAUUCUAAUACUUUUGUACUGUUACAAAACCACUUUAUUGGAAGUGUUGCAAUAGAAAGAGUAACCUUAGUUUAGUGUUUACACAUUCACUUUCAGUUUACUUACCAUCAGUUUAUUUAAUAUUUAAAUUAAUAUUUCAGUUACUACUUGUGACGUCUGUCAUGCUAAGAUGAUGUAGUGCAAACUGUAUAUCAUAGUAUGUAUUUUUGACAUUAAUAUUCAAAUCUGAAAAAAAAUAUAUCUAUAUAUCUUCUAAAGCAAUCUUGAAAAUCUG